CGUACAAAAUUUUCUUUAUUUUAUGUUUUAAUUACAAUUAUUAUUUUACUAAUUUAUAUUUGUAUUAUUUCUUAUAUUAUUAUUAUAUAUCAUCUAAGUCAAUGGAACAAUGAAAUCUACAGCAAAAAACCCGAAAAAGCAGUCUCGGAAAGUGAAAGAAACCAAAUUGAAAGUGCAACGAAAAAAUGCAACAAGUAAAAAAUCUCUUCCGAAAAAAGAAACUCAGAAGAAACUCGAUAAUUGGCUGAAUAAAAGUAGUCCUCAAGUUAUUGAGGCCAAAGUUACAAGAAGUGCGAAAAAUGCUCAGACUCAAACACAAAAGCAGCUCAGAACCAAUUUACCAACUUCAGACGAAAAUGAUGAAAACGAAGAUCAGAAUUCAACUGAGAAAAGCAAGCAUAGAAGAAAUGGAUCUUCUUUAACAUACAUCAGGUUAUCCAAGAAAGAAUAUAAAUGUACGAAAUGCAGUUUUAUUCAAUCAUCCUCAGGAGCUGUAAAGCCACAUUAUGACAAAGAACACGGCACAAAAAUCUACCAAUGCAAUCUUUGCCCGUUCCAAACCAAACAACAGUAUUACUACAGCAGCCACCUAAAAAUUCACACCCGUCCAGAUCAGAAAUGCCCUUAUUGCAAAAAACUCAUCAAAAGCCAAUGCUACAAAAUGCACCUGAAAACCCACGAACGUAAUGAUGAAUCAGAAUACAAAUGCGAUUUCUGUAACUACAAAAGCUACAAUCGAAGCAACGUUAAAAGACACAGUCUAAUGAUCCACAAGAAUCGUGAUGAAUUGCCGACUUUUAGUUGUGACUCUUGCAAAUACACUACAGUAUUGCCAGAACGCCUAAAUCAACACAAAAAAAAUGUUCAUUCAACUGAAGGUAUAUGGCGCUCAUGUAAUCAAUGUGAUUACAAAACAAGAGUAAAAGCUCACAUACAAAGACACAUGAACGAUGUACACACAGAAAAAAAAUUCCAAUGCGCCCAAUGUUCUAAGCUUUUCAGCAACAAAGACAACUUAAGAUACCACAUAGUAAGACGCCAUACUGAUGCCAAUCAAAGGGAAUUUUUCUACUGCGAAAUGUGCCCAAAAGAAAAACAAUAUAAAACACCCGAAAAAGGAAAUUUGAUUAGGCACAUUUUGACGCACCGGACUUUGGACGAAAUCGAAGUGUUUGCUUGCCACAAGUGUCCUUAUUUAGGCAAAUCGAAAAGUGCCUUAAAAAUUCAUUUUGUGAACUCGCACAUGCCUGAAAUGCAUGAGUUCAAAUGUCAGAUUUGUGGUUAUUCGACAAAUACAAAGUCUAGGUUUAAUUGUCAUAUGAGAGAUGUUCAUGGUAAACCUAAAGCGAGACAUAAAAAACAAGAUUUUGCAAAUGGAUCGAAGGAAAUUGAUGAUUCUGAUGUAGUAAUAAUGGAUGUUGAUAAUGAUGUUAUUAUUGAUAUCUCGUAAAAUUUGUUUGGUUAACAAGUAGGUUUAGUUAGUUAUGAUUUUCUAUGUAGAAUAUUGUUUAAACUUUUUUCAAUUCAUAUACGUAUUAUUGCUCAAUGUAUUAUUAGUGGUAUUUUGUUACAAAACAGUAUUGUGUAAGAAGUUCUCGACAACAAUGUGUUCAAAGUUAGAUCUAAUUAAAUAAUUUUUUGUGUUAAAGAAGAAAUUUACUGCCUUAUUAAGACUGGAAGUUGUUUAGGUUUAAGUGCAUGUCAGCUCAAAAUGGAAAAAAAAUAUUUUACUAAAUUAACAGUUUACCCAAAAUGGUCCAUGUAUUCAGGGAUUUGUUAUAUUUUUACUAUAAUUACUAUGUAUACAAAGUUAUAAAAUAAUGUAUUGAAUAUUUUAUUAGAUGAUCUUGAAAUUUGAAAGUAAAAUGAGUGUUUUUAUACUAUCCAUUGCUUGAAAAAUCAUCAGUUUCAAUCUCUAAAUGAAAGGGAGCUCAAAGUAAGGUACAAAAUAAAGGGAUUAAUAAAACAACAGAAUUAAUUUGCAAUGACAUAUUUUUUUAUAUAUGAACAAAUAAAUCAACAAAAUAAAACAGGAAUAAGAAACUGGCAUUAAACCCCAUUAAAAGACUCAUGAGAGCACAAAAGAAUUGUACAUUAUUGUGGAUGUUCUUGUGCUGGAAUGCAUAAAAUAUCACAAAUAUAAUACAAAGUAUGUCGAAACGUUUUUCAACAAAUUUAUCUCUUACAAACAUUUAUAUUUUUAGGGAACAGGGAAAAUAUAAAUAAAAAGUGGUCCACCAUUUACAUACAUUAUUAUCUCAACAAAAUAAGGCCUUAAUUACUGUUGCCCACCAAAACUUACAUUUAUAUUAACAGAAACGUUUCGAUCUCGGAAAUACAAAAAAUACCCUGCGAACAAGAAAAAAUUAAUAACCCCUAUAGCAAAAAUUACCCGUUUCAUAAACGCGUUGUAUCAGAGUUCCGAUUUCUGGGCGCUGAAGGAUGCGAGAAUGUUGGCUCUGAGUUGUAGGUCCUGUUUUUUGUCAGCUUUAAUUUUCCCCUCUGUCAAUAUUUUGUUUAAGCGUCUCUUUUCGUCCUCAAUGAAUGUUUCUUUUUCUAUCGCUUUUGUCAUGUAUUUGAUGUACGUUUUGGCUGUUUUCUUUUCGGCCUGUAAUGAAAAUCGUAAUAAUUUUAAAAAUAUUACAUAUUGAUAAAAAUUCUUGCCUCAUUCUGAAUUUUUUCAGCUUCCUGUUCAGUUUUCUCCAGAAUACUUUGUUUAUACAAACUGGAACCAGCAAAUUCGGCAGCCAGCAUAUCGAAUUUCUCCAAACAACCUUGCAAGCCUAAAUAAACGUUGCUGUGCUCUCUGAUGAACUUCUUGAUUUGGUCUUCGCUCCAGACGUGCUUGUUGCUCAUGCUGAAAGGUUCAUCUUCGCCUUUGACGAAUAAUCUUAGAGCGGGCCAGUCGUUUUUGGUUUUUAUGCCAAAUCUGAA